ACCUGCUCUGCAAAGACAAGUCAUAUACGGUGUCCGAAAAUGGGCUGGAUAAUAUUGGGAGUAGUUUGUGUGUGGCUAAUACCAGUGAUCGUCCCUGCAGCCUCUGAUUUUGUCUGGUGUUACCUUGACCCUUCUUGCAAUGAUGCUGCGUGGGUGACUCUGGCUCCUAAAUACUGUGCUGGAUCUCGACAGUCUCCCAUUGACAUCGUUUCCAAAAACGCCACGUAUGAUGGAAACCUGACAGCUUUAAAAUUGAACAAUUUUAACAGCAAAACAGCCCUGACCAAGAUCGAGAACACAGGGCAUACAGUGAAAGUGACGUUGGCCAGUGGAGUGAGCGUGUCAGGAGGGGGGCUCACUGAACGGUAUGACAGUUUGCAGUUCCACCUCCACUGGGGCAAGGGGACAUCUGUACCAGGCUCUGAACACACUCUGGAUGGCAAACGUUUCCCCAUGGAGUUCCACAUUGUGAGUCUCAAGUCUUCUUACAACGGGAACACAACAGCGGCUACAGCAGAUCCAACCGGAGCUGCUGCGCUUGGAUUUUUAAUUGAAGUGUCUGAUAAUACAACUGGAGAACCUGCAUCAUGGAAGACUCUCACCUCCUAUCUCUCCAAAAUCACACAAAAAGGUAAUUCAUGUACAACAGUUCUGGGCAUUUGUGGGCCUAAACAAGAUUUUGGUUGUGGUGCCAUCUGUUACAAGGGACUGACUCUUACCACACUUGGCGAGGAGAAAAUUCUCAUCCAGCUCAUCCAAGUUGCAGCAGCUUGA